UAGCCCUUUCCCCUCCGUUUCCUGGCACAGCGCAGCGUAUCUUGCUAAAAAUGCCACGCAAUACCAAUUGUAAACCUCACAACCUAUUCCAGUUCUGGGAGAGGAAAAAUAACAAAAGGAAAAAACUUGACGUUCCGUGAAAGAAUUAGAGAAUUGAAGCAAAAGGUGCAAUAAAUGUUUGCAAUAAAUGGAAGCACAAACACACUGACGGUCUGUUGCAACAAACUCAUUGACAACGGACCUGAGACUUGGCUUCCCUCUUUCCCUUCCUCCCUUAUAUUCACGGGAUUUCUCGCAGAAAUUCUGUCGAUGGAAGAAAUGAAAGUUUUUUCAGUUAAGGUGGAGGAUGGAAGAGAGGGACAAGAUGGGAAGCCAUCAGUUGGUCCCAUAUAUCGUAACUUACUUGCCAAGAAUGGGUAUCCUCCACCUGAUCCCGAUAUGUCUACUACUUGGAGUCUUUUCAGUUCAUCUGUUCGGAAGCACAGUGGGAACAGGAUGCUUGGAUGGCGAAAAAUGGUUGAUGGAAAGGCGGGCGCUUACAUCUGGAAGACAUACAAGGAAGUUUAUGAUGAAGUUCUGCACAUUGGUUCUGCAUUGCGAGCAUCUGGUGCUGAACCUGGCUGUCGGAUUGGGAUUUAUGGAGCAAACUGCCCACAGUGGAUUCUAGCAAUGGAGGCUUGUGGUGCCCACAGUGUGGUUUGUGUGCCUCUCUAUGAUACUCUGGGGCCAGGAGCUGUCAAUUUUAUUAUAGAUCAUGCAGAGGUUGAUUUUGUAUUUGUACAAGACAUAAAAGUAAAAGAACUUUUGGAUCCAAAUUGUAAAUCUGCUCAACGGCUGAAAGCAAUGGUUUGCUUCACCUCAUUGACCGAGGAAAACAAUGCUAAGGCAUCUCAAUUGGGGAUUAAGGCGUACUCAUGGAUCGAGUUUCUCUGCAUGGGAAAGAAAAAUCCACACGAGACUUCGCCACCUCAACCAUUUAACAUUUGCACAAUUAUGUAUACAAGUGGCACCAGUGGAGAUCCUAAAGGUGUUGUGUUAACACAUGAAACAAUUGCAACAUUUGUAUAUGGGGUUGAUCUUUUCCUGGAUCAAUUUGAAGACAAGAUGACAGUGAAUGAUGUAUAUUUGUCCUUCCUGCCCCUUGCUCAUAUCCUUGACCGCGUGAUUGAGGAAUACUUUUUCCAUAGAGGAGCAUCUGUCGGCUACUAUCAUGGGAACUUGAAGGAACUGCGGGAUGAUAUAACGGAGUUGAAGCCAACGUUUUUAGCUGGUGUGCCCCGAGUUUUUGAUAUGAUUCAUGAAGGUAUUAAAAAGGCACUUGAAGAAUUGAGUCCGUUGCGGAGGCGAAUUUUUGACUUUCUCUACAAAUACAAACUUUCUUGGAUGAAUCGUGGAUAUAAACAUAAACAGGCAUCACCUUUAGCAGAUUUAUUGGCCUUCAGGAAGGUGAAAGCUAAGUUAGGUGGUCGGCUUCGAUUAUUAAUAUCUGGAGGUGCACCAUUGAGCUCUGAAGUAGAGGAAUUCCUGCGGGUCACUUGUUGUGCAUUUGUUGUCCAAGGCUAUGGAUUGACAGAAACUUGUGGAGCUUGCGCUGUUGGCUAUCCAGAUGAGAUGUGCAUGGUUGGUACCGUUGGGCCCCCAGCUGUGUACAAUGAGUUGCGCCUGGAGGAGGUUUCAGAGAUGGGCUACAAUCCACUAGGAAAUCCUCCUUGUGGUGAGAUAUGCGUGAGAGGGAAGACUAUUUUUUCUGAAUAUUAUAAAAAUCCUGAACUGACUAGAGAAUCUAUAAAGGAUGGAUGGUUUCAUACAGGAGACAUAGGGAAAAUGCUUCCUAAUGGAGUUGUUAAGAUUAUCGAUAGGAAGAAAAAUCUUAUUAAGCUCUCCCAGGGAGAGUACGUGGCGCUAGAGUAUUUGGAAAAUGUUUAUGGAGUCACUCCAAUUGUUGAUGACGUAUGGGUCUAUGGAAAUAGCUUCAAGUCAAUGCUAGUUGCUGUAGUUGUGCUACAUGAGGAUAAUGCUAAAAAGUGGGCAAACUUAAAUGGUCACACAGCUUCACUCUCUGAGCUCUGCUCUGUCAAUCAGCUACAGAGUUAUGUCCUCUCAGAGCUUAAAUCCACAGCUGAGAAAAACAAGAUGAGAGGUUUUGAAUUUAUCAAAGGAGUCAUCUUGGAACCCUACCCAUUUGACAUGGAAAGAGAUCUAGUGACUGCAACAUUGAAGAAAAAAAGAAACAACCUGCUUAAAUAUUAUCAGGCCGAAAUUGAUGCACUCUAUCAAAAGUUGACUGCAAAGAAGUGAAGCUGAAGCUAAAGUUUAUGUGUCUAUGCUAUGGGAAUAACCUCCCACUAUCAUCGUUACUGCAAGAUAGAUGUAACUUUUGCAAAUCAAAGUGUAGAAAUAGUUGGGACAAAAAAAUGGUGUUACAAGCUUGUGUUGAUGAAUGCCCGUACUAUUCUUAUUUUAUCAGUCAAUGAAUUUAUUUAUUAUAUA